ACCUUAAGUUCUCACCGGCAAAAUGAGGUGAUUGUGUUAUCGAUAUUUUGCAAAAGAUAAGUUAAAUUUUUAAGAUAACAGUUCAAAAAUUAAAUCUAGUCAAAGUGGAAUUAGUUAAUUUAAAGCUUUAUUAUAUAUUAUUUCUAAUUAAGUAUUAGUGUGGAUUGGGUGAACCGGUGAAUUUUAUUAAUUUAAAAGGCGGUAUAGUGUCGAUAUAAAUAGUAUUAUUAUAAAUAAAUUGUAAAAAUGAAAGAGGAAAAUAUUCUUUAUGGACCUGAAUUGGAGAGAACCAUUGAAGGUUCGCUGGGUGAUCUUGCAAUUCUUAUGCUUAAAAGUGCCGAAGACAAUCUAAUACAGGUUGAUGCUAACACAAAUAAAAAAUUAAGAGCAAAUGAACUCCUGUCAAGGGCUAUUUGCAUAGCCAAAUGGUUUAAACAAAAUGGAAUAGGUGUUGGUGAUAGUGUAACUGUUAGUUGCGAAAACCGGCUGGAAUUUUGCAUAAUACCAAUUGCAGCCUUUUUUGUGGGGGCUACCUUUGCCCCAAUCAAUCCUGAUUACAUACCACGCGAAUUAAAACAUGUUCUCGGCCUGUCAAAACCAAAAGCAAUAUUCUGCUCAUCAACUACAAUCGACAAAAUUAUUAAGUGCCAACCGGAUCACCCAUACCUGAAAAAAAUAAUUUUGUUGGGUAAUGAAACCAAACCGAAUAAUUCGGUCAUUUUGUUUGAGGAACUUAUUAAGGAUGCAGACCCAGAAAAUAUCGACGAAGAAUUCGAAGUUACCCCCUAUGACCCCAAAGAAACCGUGGCGACCAUUUUGUGUUCUUCCGGUACCACCGGAAUGCCAAAAGGGGUCAUGUGUACUCAUGACAGUAUGACUGCUUACAUUGACAUAGCCAGAGCAAUCGUAACCGAAAUUAUAGACAGUGACGAUCCAUCUGACGCAAUGAUGGGACUUGUACCGUUCUUCCAUUCAUUUGGAUUUAUGCUUAUGUUUUUGAACGUUAUAAGAGGAAAACUGAUGGUGGUCAUUAGCAAAUUUAAACCAAAGGUCUUUCUAGACGCUGUAAUUAAUUACAAGGUGGCCAGAAUGAUUGUACCUCCACCGGUACUCAUGGUAUUGCUAAAGCAUCCCCUAACAAAGAACUACGAUUUGUCCGUAAUCAAGGAAAUCAGAAGUGGGGCCGCACCGCUGGGCAAAGACAUGGAGCGCGAGCUGAAAGAGCGAUUUCGGGUGAAGCAGGUCUCACAAAGCUACGGCAUGACGGAAACCACGUUGGGAAUCCUGAUGACGCCGUACGGGAAAUCUAAGGUUGGAUCUUCGGGAAAAAUUGUGCCCGGAUGUGCAGUUAAGGUAAUAGACGAAAGCGGUAAAGCUCUCGGUCCGAACCAAGAGGGCGAGAUGUGCUUUAAAGGUCCGUUGAUCAUGAAAGGCUACGUCGGAGAUUUGGCAUCGACGGCUGCCACCAUCGAUGAAGAUGGAUGGUUGCAUACCGGCGACGUAGCCUACUACGACGAAGAAGGAUAUUUUUACGUGGUCGAUCGCCUUAAGGAACUCAUCAAGUACAAAGGAUUCCAAGUAGCACCGGCAGAAUUGGAAGCACUUCUAGUCACUCAUCCUUGUGUGGAGGAUGCCGCUGUUAUUGGUAUUCCGAAUGAAGACGCUGGGGAGUUACCUUUAGCUUUCGUCGUUAAAAAGUCAGGAAAAAAUAUCACUGAACGAGAAAUCGAGAAAUUUGUUGAAGACAAUGUAUCCCACACCAAAAGACUACGUGGUGGGGUAAUAUUUUUAGAUGAAAUUCCCAGGAAUCCAACGGGAAAAAUACUAAGAAGAGUACUUAGAGACAGAGGUGUUAAACAAACAUCAAAGCUUUAAAUUAAUUUGCCCAUAGACCAAUUCAACAACCAUAGUAUUAUUAUUUAUUUGUGUUAAAUAAUUUUAUUUACUUAUCAUUUUGUUAGUUUUACCUUUUUUAAUGUACCCUUGUUAUACAUUUUAUUAAAACAUUUUUAAAAUUUA